AUGGGACUUAUUGGGGAUGAUCGAGAAUUCAUAUCUGCAAUAACAGAAGCAUUUCAUUGGGGUUCUGGACAUUAUUUGAGAUUACUUUUUGUUGACAUGUUAUUGUCAAGAAGCAUUAAUAGGCCUAAGCAUGUAUGGAGUAAAACUCGACAUCUGUUAUCUGAUGGAAUUCUUUAUUCUCAGCAAAGGAUUGCAAACAACAGAGGUCUGCGGCUAACAAAUGAAGAAAUUCUCAAUCUAACGUUGAUUGAAAUUGAAAAACUUCUUCGACAAAGUAAAAAGAGUUUAAGUGAUUUUCCUGGAAUGCCAAAACCACAUGGUUACAUAAUUGAGGAGCUUGGAAAUAAUUUAAUUUACGAAGAGAGAAACUACGAUCCUGCUGGACAACUUCAAGAGUUUAAUACGCUGUAUAAUAACCUCACAGAUGAACAAAGAGAUGUUUUCAAACAAAUCUUGACGGCUGUUGAUACCCAGAACGGAGGCGUAUUCUUUCUGUAUGGAUACGGCGGUACAGGCAAAACAUACAUGUGGAGAACAUUAGCUUCCUACAUAAGAUCAAGAAGACAAAUAUGCUUGACAGUUGCCUCUUCAGGUAUUGCAUCCCUGUUGCUCCCCGGUGGUCGAACGACACAUUCUAAAUUUAAAAUUCCGAUUCCCACACUUGAAUCUUUGACAUGCGACAUUAACAAGGGUAGUGACAGGGGUGACUUGCUAAAAGUAUCAAAAUUGAUUAUUUGGGAUGAAGCUCCGAUGUGUCACAAAUUUUGUUUUGAAGCUUUGGAUAAAACCCUCAGAGACAUCAUGGGUGGAUCCAGGUCAUCGGAUAAAAUAUUUGGUGGGAAGGUAAUUGUGUUUGGUGGCGAUUUCAGACAGAUUCUACCGGUUAUUCCAAGAGGCAGCCGUUCAGAUAUAAUUCAUGCAACUAUCAAUUCAUCAUAA